GGCAAGGUGACCUUGGGAGUUGAGACAAAGUUCUUCUUCUCUCUGGUUGACAAAAGUUUGUAAACCGCGUACCGGGGAGAAGACCUCGAUCGUCCAUGACUGAUCCUUGAGGAAUAGGUCAAUAGGGUUUCCCUGAAUAUGGAUUUCUCUAGUUAGGGUUUUGCUUCCACAAUGAUGGUGCUCUGCAUCUGCAACCCUCUAGAAUUGGUGUUCUUUGGAUUCCAAUUUCGGUAUCGGUUCGUCUUCAUCCGUUCUUCCUAAAAAGCUCAGAGCUUGUGUACCAUGUUUCCCGAUCCCCAGAUAUGUAUUGGUGGCAGAACGCCCUUUUUUCUCCUUCGUCUUCAUCUUCUAAAGACCCUGAUAAAUCCAAAUCUUUAGCAACUUCUCAUAAAAAACGAAAUGUGAGGGACAUCAAUUUCUUCAGGAACCGUCGAGGAUCGAACGGGCAGCCACGACUCACUCGACUGCGGAAGCUUCGUCAUCUCACCGACGAUGAUGUUGAGGGCUUACCCUUGAGAAAUCUUAGUCCUCUCUCUCAGCCCAAUUCGACAUCAGUGUCUCGCUUGCCGAGCAACCCUGACCCGGCCUCGGCAACUGCUGGGCCAUCAUCGUUGUCACCGGCGGUGCCGCAGCCAUUGCCGCGACCGGAAUUGUAUGUGCUUCUUCAGCGAGAACCCCUGUUCUCCUCCACGCAUUCAGGGGAUUGGCCUCUGCCUUCCCCCAGGGAGGUGCUGAGCAGACGGGAUGGAGAGGGUGAUAGAGCAGACUACUCGAUCGGUGAUGGGACGGAAGAUGGGUUCCCUGGACGCUCCUCCGCUUCCAGGUAUGCUUAUCAAACAAUCCGCAAAAGUACUGAGCAUAUUGAUGGACUUUCAGCCAAAUCUCCAACUGAUCGUGGUAGGAUGGUUCUUCAUGAUCCAAAUGGUGUUGAAAAUGUUCGAAGCAAUUACAUGCUUAAUGUUCCUGUUAACAGUGCUCCAACUAGUGGGUUUUCAAGUCCUGCACGUAGCCCUCGAAGAUUUAGUACUGGCGAUUUUCUUUCUUCUCCCUUCAUGGUCUCUCAAGGUUUUCAGGUUUGGUCUGCGCCAGAGUUCCCAUCCUUAGAUAUGCCAACAGGGUUGUCUCCCCGAGCUUCACCAGAGAAACUUAUAUCUAGUACUGACUGCUCGCCACUUUAUAGUCCAACAAUAACGGGUCCUGGCCUAAACGCUAGAAGUCCAAGUGGAGCCGCAUCUCCAAUUCUUCACAAGCAGUCUGCGGAGAGCUCUUCUGCAUGGCAUGAAAGCAAUGGUCAUGUCACAGUCCACCCAUUACCCCUUCCUCCUGGAGCUACAAUAACUCCACAGCAAGCUUUUGUUCAUCAAGCUACAUCUAAACCAGAGACAUCAUCAAUGACAAGUCAGUGGCAAAAAGGAAAGCUUAUUGGACGUGGUACAUUUGGAAGCGUUUAUGUUGCCACCAACCGAGAAACUGGAGCUCUUUGUGCUAUGAAAGAAGUUGAUCUGAUCCCGGAUGACCCUAAAUCUGCGGAAUGCAUAAAGCAGCUAGAGCAGGAGAUCAAAGUUCUUAGCCAAUUAAAGCAUCCAAAUAUCGUGCAGUAUUAUGGUAGUGAAAUUGUUGAGGAUCAGUUUUAUAUAUAUUUGGAGUUUGUACAUCCAGGAUCCAUUAGUAAAUACGUUCGUGAACAUUGUGGAGCUAUUACAGAAUCUGUUGUGCGCCAUUUCACUUAUCAUAUUCUCCAUGGAUUGGCUUACUUGCAUAGCACAAAGACAAUCCACAGGGACAUCAAAGGAGCCAAUUUGCUUGUUGAUGCAUCUGGUGUUGUUAAGCUUGCAGACUUCGGAAUGGCAAAGCAUCUUAGUGGCCAAGUGGCUGAACUUUCUUUGAAGGGUAGUCCAUACUGGAUGGCACCGGAGGUCAUGCAGGCUGUGAUGCAGAAGGAUCUUAACUGUGAACUCGCUCUUGCAGUUGACAUCUGGAGUUUGGGCUGCACAAUUGUUGAGAUGCUGACUGGGAAACCUCCUUGGAGUGAGUUUGAAGGGGCUGCAGCUAUGUUUAAGGUUUUGAGAGAAUCCCCUCCAAUACCAGAAACAUUAUCACCUGAGGGCAAGGAUUUCCUUGAGUGUUGCUUUCGAAGAAAUCCUGCUGACAGGCCGUCAGCGAGCAUGUUGUUAGAACAUUGUUUUCUGAGGACUCUGCACCAUCCAGAUGUUCCUAAUUGUACCCAAUUGUUCUCUAGAAUGAAGUUGGUGGACAAGGCUUACAGUCCAAAAGAGUGGACUAAGAAUAAAACUGAUAUGUUGCCUCUCUCACCAAACAAGCAGACUAAAAAAGGAAAACAGGUGUCCACUGGUGCUUCUGCUCAACAAUCUCAUCUUGAAACUUGCGACCCCGCAGUGGUCCCUCGCCAUUCUCCUCGAUCUACUCUUGAGGCCCUUCCAAGUUUAUCUCCUCCACAUUCAAACUGCCUGGCACAGAGCCCCAGCUCUUCUCCGAAGGUUCUCAAAGGUAUACACGUGACUGCUGGAAGCAACCAUUUCUCUGCUCUCCCGAAGACUCAUGGAAGGGAAGUCACUCACCUUUUCUAAAGUUGGUGGGUGGUAUUAUACCAUGGUCCUUUCUUAGAAUGGUCCAGUGCCUUCAUGUGAACAUGGAUGAGUGAUUUAAAGCAGUUCCAUUUGUGAAUCUGAAUCAGAACUGUGGUAAAGAGUGAUCAUAUGUGCAUCUGCUGCUUCUGUUCAUCAGCUCCUAGUUCACAUCAAUCUCCAUGCCGAGAGUCCUGUAAAAGGUUCAUAGAAAUGAUUUGGUUUUGUUGUUUUUGUUUUAUUGCUUUUAGGUUUUUUAGCUUGAAAAUCCAACUCUAGGUUGGAUUGCGAAGUAGGUUCAUGACAAACAUUAGUUUAGGGCCUCAACAACAAAACUUUUUAGUUUUAUGCUUACCCUGAAGUUUUCUUCUUAUAACUGUACACCAAAAUUCAGCCAAAGUUAAUUUGUAGAUAUUAGGUUCAGUAGUUUGCCUGGUCAUCACAUAACCUUUGUUGUAUCUUUUUCAUGUAUUAAAAGGAACUCCGAGGAUGUGAUGUAAUUUGGUGCUUACAGUAGUCAUUACUGACUUGAUGGGAAUGGU